AUGGAGGGCCACAAGGCUGCCGUCGCCACUGUAUCCGCGCGAGUCCAGCACUUCGAUGCAACCAAGACACCAUUCAGGGUCUAUCAUGGGUCUACCAACAGCACUCGCAAGUCCCAGCGCCGAGAGGACAACACUGUUGACACCAGCCGCAUGAACCAUGUCCUCAGCGUAGACGCAACCACAAAAACGGCUUUGGUUGAACCCAAUGUUCCCAUGGACGAGCUGGUUGACGCGACCCUGAAGCAUGGCCUGGUUCCCUUGGUCGUCAUGGAGUUCCCCGGCAUCACUGUUGGAGGCGGCUUCUCUGGGACGUCGGGCGAGAGCAGCUCGUUUCGUCAUGGUGCUUUUGAAACGACCGUCAACUGGAUUGAGAUUGUGCUGGCCAGUGGUGAGGUCACCCGAGCCUCCAAAACGGAGAAACCGGACCUGUUCUGGGGUGCCGCCUCGGCUUUUGGCACCCUCGGCGUCGUCACCCUGCUCGAGGUCCAGCUGAGAGACGCAAAACAGUACGUCGAGUUGACAUACCGCCAUGUCAAGGACUUUGACGACGUCGUGUCCGUGAUGCAGGCCCAGACGGCCGACGACACCCCCAACGAUUAUGUUGACGGCAUCACUUUCUCCUUGAACUCAACCAUCAUCUGCACCGGGCGUCUAGUCGACAAACUCCCUGCCGGCGCCUCUCCGCGCCAGUUCCUCCGCGCCCGCGACCCGUGGUUCUACGUCCACGCACAGCGCGUAGAGAAGCGACUCCGACAGCAACCCCCCAGCGCCGUCGAGGUCGACCACAUCCCGCUAACCGACUACCUUUUCCGGUACGACCGGGGCGGGUUCUGGACGGCGCGGUACGCAUUCCGGUACUUCCUGACGCCCUUCAACCGCAUCACGCGCUUCCUGCUCGACCCCUUCAUGCACGCGCGCGUCAUGUACCGCGCCCUGCACCAGUCAGGCCUCUCCGACUUCCACGUCAUCCAGGACGUCGGCAUCCCCUACGCCCACGCCGCCGCCUUCACCCGCCACCUCGACCAGCACCUCCCGCUCUACCCGCUCUGGCUCUGCCCCCUCCGCGUCCAGCGCACCACCCCCGACUCCCAGCACGGCCUGCACGCCGACUUCGGCCUGCCCCCCUCAAACCAACCCCAUCCCCAUCCCCCACCCCAAGAUCCCUCCCAAGCAACGCUCCUCAACUUUGGCAUCUGGGGCCCCGUCCCCCUUCCCACCAACACCUCCCUCACCUCCUCCCUCACCUCCUCCCUCACCUCCUCCACCUCCUCCCUCACCCCCACCAUCCCCCUCAGCAAAACCCACCACCACGCCAGCAUCCACGCCAACCGCGCCCUCGAACAGACCGUGCACGCCCUAGGCGGCAAGAAGUGGCUGUACGGGCAGGCCUUCUACACGGAAGCCGAGUUCUGGGCGAGCUAUGCGCGCGGGGCGUACGAGGCCGGGCGGGCGCGGUACGGGGCGGGGCAUCUGCCGAGUGUGUUUGAGAAGGUGAGGGUUGUGGAUGAGCAGGGGGAGGGGGAGGUUGACAGAGAUAAAGGGGUUGCGGGGGUGGUGGUUGCGUGGUUGCUGGGGGUGUUGUGGAUGGUGUGGCCGUUGAAGGGGUUGUAUGGGGUGUAUAGGGCGGUUGUGGGGGGGGAUUAUUUGUUGCAGGGGAGGAGGAAGAGGGUUGGGGAGGGGGUGAAGGAGAGUUAG